AUGUCGAGAACAAUGAAGAAACCGAUUCCUCUAUUCGUUCAUUACGGUUUCGCUGGUGGUGUUUCGUGUUCCGCAAUGAUCUGCAUAAAUGAUGAACCCCAGUUGGCCGUUGGCACCACAUAUGGGAAGUGUAUCCUAUUUUCAUCCAGAACUCAUUUAUCCACUUCUACAAUUUACGUCGAUCCGAAUGAUAGAUCGAUAGUAGCAGUGGGACAAUUUACGAAGGAUUGCAUAUUUAUACAUAUUCGUGCUUAUGCAAUUGUAUUAUUAUCUGUAGACAAAGCUUCGAAGGAAUUAAACUUUUGUUUCACAAGGAUAAUACAGACAGAAUUUUACGGUUUUUGUGGUGCAUUUUGCCAUAAAUGUCAGUUAUUUUGUCCAUUUCUUCAGGAUGACAAAUGCUUAAUUGGCGUUUUCGCCGGCAUAACAGAGCCAAUGUCUCGAAUCUGGUCUCCUGAUGAUGACGCUAGAAAUUUCAUGGCCUUCUCUAUAUCGGAUGAUGGAUAUUUGGCUUGUGGUUUCGAAACGGGGGAAAUAAAAGUUGUGAAUGUUGAAAAUUUCAGUAUUAUAGAUGAGAAAAAACUUUUUCCCGAACCUAUUCUUGCUUGUGCAUCAUUUGCUAACACAUUAGCUGUAUCUUCUGUUAAAUCUCCGUUAAUGGUAAUAAAUGUGACAACGGAUGGGAUCACUGUUGAGAAGGAAAUUUUAUUUACGCAGAAAGCUGGUGGCUGCUCUUCUCUGGCCUUUUCAAAUUGCGGCAAAGAGCUUGCUUCUGGAUACUGGAAUGGAACGGUGCGUAUAAAUUCCGUCAGAACAGGAGCAAUCAGAGCCGUUCUAGAUUUUCAUUCCGAAACGAUCAAUUAUUUAUGCUGGACUAAGACCGAUGGUCAACGAUUAUUGUUUGUUUGUUCAAGAGAUACCAAAUUAUCAAUAUGGAAUUUAUACAAUGAUUAA